UUACGUCACGCCGCAGCAUAAACAUUUAAAAUAACGAACUUCAGCGUCUUGAGACCCUCUCCAGUAGUCGCACAAAUAUACACUUACACCGCCUGGAAAGAACAUUAUUUCCCGGAGAGCUACAAUCUUUAUUUCGCCAUGAUUAGCGUUAACUAUAGAGUGUCAGUUAGACAGCUGAUCGAUCUGCUGACAGAUGACAACGGAGAUUUCAGAACACCCUCUAAAAGCUUCAAUGAAGUCUACCCCGGAAUACUGCUAGGAGAUGAGUCUGUCGUCAGAGAUGUGACCCGUCUGAAGCAGCUGGGAGUGACACACAUCCUGAAUGCAUUGGAAGGCGAGUCAGACAUGCACGUGAACACUAGUGCAGAGUUUUAUUCUGGAUCAGGAAUCAUCUAUCAUGGAGUACCAGCCAUUGACGAUGAUGAUUUUGACCUCAGCAGAUAUUUCAAAGAGGCUUCUGAUUUUAUCAAAAGUGCUUUGUCAGUAGAAGGAAAGGUUUAUGUUCACUGUCAGAAAGGCUACAGUCGUUCAGCCACACUAGUCAUUGCAUAUCUGAUGCUGCAUCACAGGAUGUCUGUACAUGAUGCUGUGGCCACAGUAAGAGAAAAACGUGAAAUUGGACCAAAUGAGGGAUUUCUACUUCAGCUCUGUGAGCUAAACAACCGGUGCGAGAAGUAGCUUGAAAUGCCUCGACGUAAUUUAUUUUGUAAUCUGUUAUAUAUGAUAUAGAACAAUGUUCUAUUGUUUCCGUGUCUGAGUUUGGAAUAAACAUUCUCUGCUUUUCCUGA